AUUUACAUGUCUCCACCCGCUACUGCCUGAGGAUACUAGCUCACUGUCCCAGACACAGGAGUCCACCUCAAAUUUGGCAAGAUUUAAGUAUGUUGGCAGAAAUGGAGACAAUGGCCUAUGUGGCUGAGAUCAGGCUGAGUGGAGGUCGGGGGGCCUGGGGCGGAGUGGCUCCCUCCUCCUGCCCUGAGGUGGACCUGGAGGUCAUCGAGGAGUACCUGCAGGAGCAUUCACUGGAGGUCCAGCCUGCACACACACCUGCAUCACCUCCGAGCACCGUGGGGCAACAAACGCACACACAUUCCCACCAGGGCACCAGGAUCAUAGAGAAUAACUGGUCAGGUCAGCAUGCAUAUGAGUGGCACUGUGGCUCUCACACUCCAAACAAGGACUAUGGAGAGCCAGCCCUGCAUCCAGCCUGGCCCAGUCCCCAUGACAACCAAUGGGACCAUAUUGCAUAUUCAUAUGAGCCACCUGCAUACACUGACUCAGACUCCCAGUCCAGUAGCUCCCAGUACCAGGAAUACCAAGAUUCACCUUCACCACUGUCUGACAGGGGAGGCAGGAAUGACAGAGACUCCCUGCCUCUUGCCCCUUUGUCAGCAGGAAAGAGGAAGGAGCGUCUGUUCCAGUUCCUGUUCGAGAUGCUGCAGACGCCAUCGAUGCGAAGUUGCAUCUGGUGGGUCCAGUCCUCCUCUGGCACCUUUCAGUUCUCCUCCCAAAACAAGGAGCGCCUGGCGCAGCUGUGGGGCCAGCGAAAGGGGAAUCGCAAGACCAUGACCUACCAGAAGAUGGCACGGGCGCUGAGGAACUACUCCCGCACCGGCGAGAUUCAAAAGGUGAAGAGGAAGCUAACCUAUCGGUUUGACGAGAAGACACUGAUAGGGCUACAAGGAGACGCUAAUACAGUGUAGGAAGCAUGAUGGCGAGUUUACAUAAGCAAAGAAAUGUAAUGAGCACAAUGGAUAUUCAGAGAAAAUCGCUGUGGAGGUCCUUUCUGCUGAUUUGAAUUCUGUCAUGUGGAAACAAUUGAAUACUGAGUAUUUGACAAGGCUGAAGAUGAAACACUGUCAGUCAGAGCUUUCUAGAGAUACAGAACCAUACUGGAGUUGGUACAUGUGAGGGGCGAACUGGAAAUGAUGAUAUUGACUCAAGGAUGCAGACUCCAGGCACAGGCAAUGUGUGAAAAGUCAGCUGGCAUUAAAAAUUAUGUAAAUCGACAAGGUUGUUAGAUAAUAUCUACUUUAUAAGUAGAACCUAAGUCCUUCUUAUAAUAAAGGUUGUGGUUUUCUGUUCUUUUUUUCUGAUUCUGUAUUGAAGAU